AACUUUAAAAAUCUUGAAUCGAUUCAAAAGUGGUCCGGAUAUUCCAGUGUUAGAGAAAGAAAGAAAUGUGAAAGUUAAACCGAAGCCGAAGAAAAAUUCCCAAAACACAUUUUCAAUGAUCAAAUUUUAUCAAAGCAUCCCAAAAUACGAUGACGUUCGCCAUUUGCCAGAGUACGAUUUUUCGCAAAGAGUUGAAAUGUUGAAAAAAGUUCACGGCGACCUGAGCGAGACAAUGUUGCGACCCACAUGUAAGAGGCCUGUUUCGUCGGCAUCUCGAUGUAGCAAAAGGAAAAACAGUGCGAAAAAGAAGAAAAGCCAAAAAGCAAAUAGUUUAUGCAAUAGUUUCAGCAAGGCAAGUUUGGUGGAAACCAAUGAAAAUGUUGAUGAUGAACGGCUCCACAGUGCAAGUUCGUUUGUUAUGCCAAGCCCACCGCCGCCGAUUGUCCUACCACCACCGUCGCCAAUCAAACGAUUACAAGCGUUGCGCGAAAAACUAUUGACAUGUGUCGAUGAUUGGGAAUGUGAACCGAAAAUUCCAACACCAAUUAUCGUGUCACCGAUGUGUUCACCAAGUUUUCAUUUGCAUAAAUUGCACCAUCAUUACCAUCACGACCACGACCCUUAUCCAUGCGAUAAUUUGCAUAAUACAAUUUACUUUUUGAAUGAUCAUGACGAUGGUCCCGUAACGCGGAAUUCAAACUGCUUUCACAGUCCACCGACACCAGCUUCAGCUUCAUGUCCGAUAGAAUUCAAUUCGGAUUUUAAACGGAAUUUGAAUUGCAACGAAAAAUCAACACCAACGAAAGAAAAAGUGCGUAGAGCCAAAUCAUGCCCGAAAGAUUUGUUUAGCGUAACUUCAUCGAGGUGUUCAGAUUCAAAAAAAUGUAUUCAAAAUGGAUCCAUUGAAAUUGAUAAUUCAGCAAAGCCCCAAGAAUUUGAACCGAGUUUUUGUAACGAAAGCGUUUCACCAACGACAAUAUCACGGCAACAAAAUGCUUACCCGAAAACUACCACCAAAAUUAAAGUCAAGCCAAAGUCUAAGACACCAAAUUCAAUGGACGAAUUUAUAUCGUCGAAACUGGUUCGCAGUAAUUUGGCUGCAAUACUGCGACACCGAAAUUCACGCAAGAAAAUCAACGAUUUGGCCGAAGAAAAGCUGAAAGAACACAUGGAUGUUUCGAAAUUUAUACCAAAUUGUCAUAAAUGGGAUGUUCGAAAAAGCGAUGCGUGGAAAACAUUCACAUCUGAAGAUACCUCAGCCGAAAAGCGAAUGCGUGAAGAAGCAAGACAGGAAGAGCAAAAAUUGCGGAAACAUACACAUACGAUGGCCAUGAAUAUAAUGCGUGCCCGUGUCAAAUCCGCUCAACUUUUACUCGAAGGUCGAUCAUUAUCAGCAAAAUAUUGA